ACCGUGAGAUCGGUUCGCCGUCGGUUUCCUGCUGCGGUGAGGACAGCGGCGUCGAGACAGAACAGGGACAACUCCAGAGCAGCACCUCCAGGAUAACUCCACUGUACGAUGAAACUGUUCGCCCCAUCUCCAUCUCUGGACACCCGCUGCGUCACGGUCAUACUGCUGGUGAUGGGCCUCUCUACCCCUGGUGCAGCAGAAAUCACCAGUCUGGACUCGGGCAACAUUGAUGAUGUCUUAAAUAAUGCUGCGGUGGCAUUAGUGAAUUUUUACGCAGACUGGUGCAGAUUCAGUCAGAUGCUCCAUCCAAUUUUUGAGGAGGCAUCGAACACGGUGCGGGAGGAGUUCCCUGAGGCCACGCAGGUGGUGUUUGCUCGCGUCGACUGUGACCAACACUCGGAAAUUGCCCAGCGGUACCGCAUCUCCAAGUACCCGACGUUGAAGUUGUUCCGCAAUGGGAUGAUGAUGAAGAGGGAGUACAGGGGUCAGAGGUCAGUGUCGGCCAUAGCUGACUUCAUACGCCAACAGCAGGUCGACCCCGUAAAAGAACUGCACUCAGUGGAGGAGGUUAACACUCUGGACAGGUCAAAGAGAAACAUCAUUGGUUACUUUGAAAAAAAGGACACGGAAAGCUACCACGCAUAUGAAAAAGUCGCCAACAUCCUUCGAGAUGACUGCACGUUCUUGGCUGCCUUUGACUCUGUCUCUGAGUCCGAGCGCUUCAGUGGAGACAACAUCAUCUACAAGCCCGUGGGCGAGAACGUCCCUGACAUGAUCUACCUCGGCUCACUCGCCAACUUUGACCUGACCUACGCCUGGGCCCAAGACAAGUGUGUGCCCCUGGUCAGAGAGAUCACCUUUGAAAAUGGAGAGGAGCUGACUGAGGAAGGGAUCCCUUUCCUCAUCUUGUUCCACAUUAGAGAAGACGGAGAGAGCUUAGAGAAAUUCCAACACGAAGUAGCUCGCCAGCUCAUCAGCGAGAAAGGGUCUAUAAACUUCCUUCAUGCAGACUGUGAAAAGUUCCGCCAUCCUCUGCUCCACAUCCAGAAAACUCCAGCCGACUGUCCCGUCAUCGCUAUAGACUCGUUCAGACACAUGUAUGUGUUUCCCGACUUCAAAGACCUCGAUAUCCCUGGCAAGUUGAAACAGUUUGUGUUAGACCUUCACUCCGGAAAGCUUCACCGAGAGUUCCACCAUGGUCCUGACCCCACGGACAUCACACCUGGACAGGAGGAAACGGGAGACGAAGUGGCCAGCAGCCCCCCAGAGAGCUCAUUCCAAAAGCUAGCGCCCAGCGAGACUCGAUACACCAUCCUCAAUCGGGACCGCGACGAGCUGUGACCUGUACGGUCUUUCAGUGAUCCUGUGACUCAAUGCCACGCCCCGGGGUCUGGGAGGGGGUUCGGGUUGGGACAGGCCAGCGGGACAGAACAGCAACACCCAACACCCUUACUGAAGAGUGAGAGAUGAAGAAGAAGAAGAGGAGGAUGAAGAGGAAGACGGCGAGGAGCACAGUCCAUGACACAACCAUGUUGGAAUAACCUAUAUUUUCAUAACUCUUUCACAUACAAUUUUUAUUUUGGAUUAAAAGGAAGUGGGGGGUUAAGAAGAAGAAGAAGUGUGUGGGCAGGGGGUCAGGAGCAUUAGGACAUCAAGAGAAGUCUUUUUACUUUUUAUUUUUUUGGAGCUUGUAAAUAUGUUUGUGCUACAUGGGAGUCUCAUUGUUGGUCUAAAUUAAAUGCAGAGUUUUCUUUAUUUUAUUUAGAUUUUCAUCACCCUGCUUUUUUGUAGGAAACGGAUCAGUUCCCUCACUCCAGUUGUACGGUUCUUAUCUGUGGGUAGUCCAGUCCAGCUUGUCUGAUAGGAGACGCUUAGUUAGUCUCACUGACCUCAUGGCUGCGUCUCAAUAUGACCAACUCUUGUCGGAUUUAUUUGUAUAGCACAAGUUCUAACUAUAUGCCUGUUUGAAGUAGCUGUAUCUCCAUAUCUUCUCCACACAACCGCGGAGCUCUGAAGGAAUAGAAAACAUAUUUUGAAAAAUUAGGGUUAAAGCAAUUUCAAAAUCCUGACUUGAAACAGAAGAUAAAGAGACAGAGCUACUCCAGCCUAUUGAGAUGCACCCCUGCUCUCCCUGGUACUAAUGGUAAUAGAUAAUGAUGUCUCUUACAGUGCCUGUAGAAAAUAUUCACCCCUCUGACCUUUUUUUAUUUUUGUCACCAAUCAACAGAAAAAAAACACUGUUCUCACACUGCACAUGACCAAAAAGACACCAAUCCCCACCAUGAAGCCUGCUGGUGGCAGCAUCAUUCUGUGUGGAGGCUUCUCUGCAGCCGGCCCUGGAUGGCUUGUGUUGGUAGAAAGUGUCAAAUUGAAGCAACAAACAGAAACAAUAAAGGAAAACCUUUUGAUUAUGUUAACUUAUUUAUCUUAAACUUGAAUUAACGGAAAUGACGAGAAGGAUAAAUCUGUUUCCAGACUUUAAAGUCAAAUUCAGAAUUUGCCUGCAUGGAUGAUAAAUGUUCACGUUCUAAUUUCACUGAGCAAAGGAAGGUGGAGGAGAUGUAGUUUUACAGAUUCAUCCACAUAACCUCGUGGCUAAAAUUUAUGCCAAAUGUGCCUGUUUAAAGAAUUGUCUUUAAGGAUAUGAAUCCAAUCAGAAAUGUUGUCAGUCGUCCUGACACUGAUUUGUAGAAAUCACAUUUGAAUUGGAAAUGAUCUUCUCCUGUGUCUGAAAGUCUAAUUAACUUCACAGCUUUAAAACAGUAAAAUAUGAACAGGUCAAAGGGGAAUGGGUCAUUUUCAUAGGCACCAGUUUGCCAUGACACCUCUGAGUUGUGUUCCUGGGAAUCAAAGUAGAGGAAAAACAUGUUUUUGAACUGUACUUUAACAUGAUAGUACAUUUAUGAAAUGGAUGUUUUUUUUGCUGUUACCUGUUGUCAAAUGUGUCCUGCUGGGGGAGGAAAGACUGCGUCCCUCCUAGUGUUUUAAAAAAGUCGAGAGACAACUGGGGGGGGAACAAAUCAUUCAAUGAACGGUGGAAAUUUCAUUCUGACUUUAAUACAAGUCCUCUCAAAACUGGCUUUUGUCUCCUCUGAUGUAUUUUGGGAUUUUUUUUGGUACAAGUCUAGAUCCCUGAGAUCCACUGAAUGAAGUGAAGACAGAUCCCGAGUGUGGGGGACCCAUCUGCUAAGUUUGCACUGUGCGUCCUGCCCUUCCAGAGGCCAACAGAUGCCUGCAUAGUGACAUAUCAGCCCACAUACAGGAGAUCAACAGGGGGUAGUGUGAUGCCAUUUCCAAACCAGUCAUCUCAGAGGGGAGUAAAGUAAAUUAAAAAUCAUUUUACAGGA